GAGAUUUUUAGUUGCAUUCCGACGCUUAGUUGUCCUGUGGUCUCACCUGCACUGCCGGUGGACAGGCUCGCUGCAAUCAUAAUGCAUCCGAAUAAGUGCUUACCUGAACUGAUGGCCGAGAAAAACAGCCUGGACCCUUCUUUUGUUCACGCGGUUCGGCUUCUAGCGGAGGAGAUUGGGAAGUAUGAAGGUGAUGAACUGAUAAAAGAUAAUGACACGAAGAAAUACCUUGAUAUUAUCAGCAAUAAAAACAUCAAGCUCUCUGAAAGAGUUCUCAUCCCUAUCCAACAGUAUCCAAAGUUUAACUUUGUUGGGAAGCUGCUUGGACCACGGGGGAAUUCUAUGAAAAGAUUACAAGAGGAGACAGGAGUGAAGAUGUCCAUCCUCGGUAAAGGGUCCAUGAGGGAUAAAGAGAAGGAAGAAGAGCUGCGUAAAAGCGGGGAGGCCAAAUACGCCCACCUGAGUAAUGAUUUACAUGUGUUAAUUGAAGUCUUUGCUCCACCGGGAGAGGCCUAUUCCCGCAUGAGUCACGCCUUGGAGGAAAUUAAAAAAUUUCUUGUUCCGGACUACAAUGAUGAGAUCAGGCAAGAGCAGCUGCGAGAGUUAUCCUUGCUGAACGGAUCCGACGGGACGAGCAGAGGGAGGAGCAUACAAGGAAGGAGCCUACGGACAACUACCACAGCAUCUAUAAUGGGCCACAGAGGUGCAAGCAGAAGAGCAUUAGCACCUCGAGGGACAGCUGCAGCCACACACAGCAAACUUCCCACAACGGUUCUGACGAGGGACUUGCAAGCUCCGAGGGCCAGGGGGGCAGCAGCAAACGCCAGGAACAGGCCCCCACUGCUAGCAGUCACACAUGAAUCAUAUGAUGACUAUGGUUACGAAGAUGGUUAUGAUGCAGAAUAUGAAGAUGAGAGUUACGAAGCAUAUGAUGAAAACUACAGCACUCAGUCAAAGAGCAUUUCAGAAUAUUAUGAAUAUGGACAUGGAACCAGUGAUGAAUCGUACAACAGCUAUGAAGAAGAGUGGACAAGCCCCAGACCUGUUCUCAAAGCUCCAGCUUUACACUUGACAAGAGGAGGCUACAGAAAACAUCCGUAUGGUAGAUACUGAAGGUGCUCCAGAUUUGUGACCUCCACUACUCUUUUGAAAUCUUUUUUUUCAACUUUAUAAAAAAAAAUGUUGUAACAUUGCCUAUUCCAUCUUCAUAUUUUAAUAAAUAAUAAUAAAAAGACAUGAUUAAUAAUAAUAUUAUGUGUUAAAUAAAUUAUACACUAUUAAGUCUCUUUUUUUAACAUUAAACAUAAUCAUCCAUGUGCAAGAUGGUUGUUCUUUAAAGUAGCUCUUUAAACUAUUCCCUAUUGCAGCAAUUUCCAAAUUUUGACAGACUUGUUCUUACAGAGUAUGUAUGCCAUUCUGAGAGAUUGGUUUCCAUUUAUUGGCUUCAUUGGAGUUGUUAUUAAAGGUUCACAAGUAAAUCCCUACACUUUUCACCGAAUUAGAGUCAUGCAGUCAGUGUAUAAGUGGUGAUUUCAACCUCCUACGCUUUAGUAGGCUGUUGUUUUUGUUCUGCCCCUGUGUCAGCAUAAUUAAAAUGGUCAGAAACGUGAGUCAAAGAGCAAAACCUCAUCACAUUAGGCUUUUUUAUUUAGAGGCUGUGAAAAAUCCCAUUUUCUCCUUUCAUUUGUUCCAAGAGUGAUACAAAUAAAACAAGCAGUUGUGAAAAGAUAUAACACUGAAAGAUAAUUGAAGAUAUUGUUAUGUGAACUAAAGGUACUGGUAUCACCUGUUUCACUAGAACAUAAGGUGUUGCUCUCUUUUAUUAUGCCCUAAUGUUACUGUCCAAUUGGAAACAACUUCUGGGCUCACAUUCACAUUCAGUGAUAUUUAUGUAAGGAAAAUAAACUGUGUUUGCUCAAAAUAUUUCUAAAAGGCUUUCAUAACAUUUGAAGAAAACAUCAAAAACAGCCUGAUAAUGCAUGUCUGUGUCAAUAUGCUAGCUAUCUAUUUUGUAAUUACCUGACAAUAAACACUGCAGCUGCACCUCCACUUUCUGACCUCUUUAUUACUUUCUACUAGACUUUGUAAGUCAGCUAUAAUAUCCAUGCAGUGCGAGCGGCCAUCUGCUUUCAUGUUAUUGCUUUCAGGGUGAAAUUUUCCAAAUGGACAGUAACCAUGCAAUUCCAGAAAAGAAAGAAGUGAUCUGUGUAAACUGUUGCAGCUUUAACCACAGCAUCCCCACUUGAAAGUAGUAAACAGUGGAGUGUUUUGUUCCCACCAGUCUUAACUGAAAACAAGCAGAUUAAUUCUUUAGACCACAGCAAUUAUUUGACACAUAACUGAUUGUUGAACAAUUUGGCUGAAUCUAUCCAUCUGUUCUGAGACCUUUGCCUAUAUUUUCUAUUUGCAUGCCUGUUUCUUCUCCAUGCUUGUUUUUCUGUACAUGCUCCAUGUCCCGUUCUCCUUAUGCCAUCUGUAAGCUUCCUUAUUAUUUUAAAAUAAAUCAUCAAUCCACUCAUCCUAUGUUCCUGUCUGCUCUUGGGUCCCACUCCAAACCUCAACUUGACACAUUCCCUUUCAGUUGUAGGAAUUUUCAUUAUUUGUACUUAUCUAGCAGUUUAGGGAUGUACCUAAUUUGUCACAAACGUUUGCACUUUUACUUUAUCUUUGUUUUAUGAUUUAUUUGGUGAUAUCUAUUCUGUUUGAUUUUCUACACCUGUUGUUAGAUUUAAAUAAGUUUAGAAAAGUCAGAUAAUUUAAACAAUAAACUCUAUAAUUGACAUAAGUAGCAAUGCACAAAAUAUCCAAUCGCAGUAGUAAUUACAAUAUUACAACAAUGGAUGUCUUGAAUGCAGUAUUUGGAACACUAUACAAUUUUAAGUACCAUGCAGUGAAACUCCUCUCUCAUCAUAUAUUUCGCUAAGAUGAGCUUUCAAUAACCUUUAUUCCCUUAACCAAUAUAGAUCUUAGUUGCCAAGUUCAGGAAGCUCAGGGAGAGUCAUGGUGAUGCUAAUAGUGAAGAAAGAAAGAGAAAGAGAGUACAAAGUACAGGAGGUUAAUCAUAUUAGUCCUAAACUGAACUUUUUUUUACUAUCACUGUAUGACAUCAGUUGACACUGAUUCAUUUUACAGAAGCAAUAUGCCUAUAUAUGUCAUAUAAAAUGUAUUCGAGACUGCAAGACACUUUAUCAUAAAAAUAAAUAUUUUUAAUUCAUCAAAAAAUGUAAUACAUUGUAACAAGGAAUAUUUCCCCUUAUAUUGCAAAAAUGAUGUGAAAAUCAUUUGGCUUGACAAUGCCAAAUAAAAGGGCAAAGACUUUUCCAUUAUUAAUCAAACUGAAGAAUUUACCACAAGUUAACAUGUUUUCCAAUGUAAAAUAAGCUUUAUGGUGUGUCUAAGUAAAAUGUCCCACAUACUUUGUUUAGCUUUGUCUAAAUAAAACUAAAUUAUACAUUCUAUAAUUAUCAUCAUUCCUUUGACUCAUAUAUCAUCAAAACACUUUAAUGAAAGUUUGUUACAGUAAAAAAAAACAAAUUAAAACAAAUUUGGGGAAAAUGUGUCCCCUAAAGAAUAAAGCAGACAUGCAGCUUUCUUGUUCAUUUCAGUGGGUUUGUUUUAAAAAUGUUAUCACGGUAACAAACCAGCAGGUAACUACACGUUGCUUUUAAAAGACAUAAAGUGAAAGACUGCUUUAAAGCUUCAAAUGAAAACCAAUCUUUCAAGAAUCAAAGACCUGAAUGUAAAGUGUCCUAAUGAUCUAAACAUUUCUUUAAAAACUUGUUUAAUAUUGUGAGCUCUAAAUAUUUAAAUAACCAGGUCCCCCCUUGCAAUUUAAAGCAUUAGCCUACAGUAACUGAUAUGAGAGAUAAAAGUUACUCCUGGUUAUAUUGUGAUUUAUGGAGAACAUUGAAAAACACUUCCUAUUGUUGGAUCGAAAGCAUUCACCACAGUGUGUAAUCCAUAAAGUGUGCUAUGUUCUGUGUGUAUUCUGCAUUUGUACAUAAAGCAUUUAAUAAAAAUAAUUUAAACCUCAA